CCGGAAGCGGAACUCCAACCCGGAAGUGGUUUUCCCCGUUGCGCCGGGAGCCGAAACAAACGAGCGGGGAGCGAUGAACGCGCCUCCGGCCUUCGAGUCCUUCCUGCUUUUCGAAGGAGAGAAGAAGAUUACAAUAAAUAAGGAUACCAAAGUGCCGAAUGCCUGCCUGUUUACCAUCAACAAGGAAGAUCACACUCUGGGGAAUAUCAUUAAAUCGCAGUUAUUGAAAGACCCUCAGGUGCUGUUUGCAGGGUACAAGGUCCCUCAUCCCCUGGAGCAUAAGAUCAUCAUUCGUGUCCAGACCACCCCUGAUUACAGUCCCCAAGAAGCCUUCACCAACGCCAUCACAGAUCUCAUCAGCGAGCUCUCCCUCCUUGAGGAGAGGUUCCGGGUUGCCAUCAAAGACAAACAAGAAGGAAUUGAAUAAGUACAUGACAUUUUUGCCUACCUGUUGUAAAUGCAUAAUUUAGUUUUUCCUUAUAUAGCAGGCUAAUAGCAAGUGUUUAAUAAUGCCUUUACAUUGCUUUGCAUCCUCCAAGAAAUGUGUGUAUAUGUGUAGUUGGACAUGAGAUCCCAUUGAUUUUUUUUUUUUUUAGCUAAUAAAUUAUACUUAAGUUUUUCAUCCAA